AUGAAAAUGAAGAUCUUCUUGUCACGACCAACGUGCAUUAUUAUAAUAUAUGUUAUCUGUCUUAUCGCAAUUCCGCGAGUCUUCUCAUCCUCACCGGCACUAUCUCUACCGGAGCAUUUCCUCCGAUGUCUCGACACUCAGCCGGCUGACCACGGCAGUCCCAACUCCAGAACCACCGUGAUCCCCACAAACUCAUCUUUCUCGACAAAUCUGAUGAACGGCGUCAGGAAUCUCCGGUUCGCUUCACCCACAACAAGAAAACCGGAGGCCAUUGUCGCCGCGGUCACGGAAACCCACAUCAGAGCUACGAUCUCGUGCUGCAAACUCCUCAACCUCGAGCUCAGAAUCCGCAGCGGCGGCCACGACUACGAAGGCUUCUCCUACACCUCUCCGGUGCCGUUCGUAAUCUUAGACAUGUUCAAUUUCAACGAAAUCGACAUUAACAUGACCGACGAGACCGUGUGGGUCCAAGCCGGAGCUUCACUCGGCGAGCUUUACUACAACAUUGCAAGCAAAAGCAAAGUCCACGCCUUUCCCGCCGGAGUCUGUCCUAAAGUCGGCGCCGGUGGACAUUUCAGCGGCGGAGGGUUCGGCAAUCUCAUGAGGAAACACGGUUUGUCGAUCGACCACAUCAUCGACGCGCAAAUCAUGGACGCGAACGGGAAAGUCUACCGCGACCGGCGUUCUAUGGGAGAAGACGUGUUCUGGGCGAUUCGCGGCGGAGGCGGCGGGAGCUACGGCGUGAUUCUUUCGUGGAAGAUUAAGCUCAUUAGGGUUCCGGAGAAAGUCACCGUUUUUAAACUGGAGAGGACGGUGAGAGAAGGCGCCGUCGAUUUGGUCUGGAAAUGGCAGCAAGUGGCUCCGGUUAUCGACAGAGAUUUGUUUAUCCGGUUAGAGAUUAAACCGAUUAACCGGAAAUUAUCAAAAGGGAAGACGAUUAAAGUUUCCUUCAUCGGAAUGUUUCUGGGUUUACCGGAGAGACUUCUAAACAUAACGAAACAGAGUUUCCCGGAGCUCCACUUGACGAAAUCGGAUUGUACGGUGAAGAAAUGGAUCGAAUCGACGGUUUUCUGGGCGAAUUACCCGGAAAAAGGACCGAUCCAGCUUCUUCUCAAACGAAUCUCGACGAACGAAUACUACUGGAAACGAACUUCCGAUUUUGUUCAAACUCCGAUCUCGAAACAGGGGCUCGCGACGAUUUUCCAGACGAUGAUUGAUCACUCGCCGCUUCCACGGCGGGUUUGGAUGCAGUGGAAUCCAUGGGGAGGGAAGAUGGCCGAGAUUCCAGCUGAUGCGACGCCGUUUGUGCACAGAGGAGGCAACAUUUUCAUGAUCGAGCAUUUCAUGAACUGGUAUAGACCUGGAGAUGAGCUGGAAGAGAAGUUCUUGGCGAUUGCGAGAAGCUUUAGAGAAGCGAUGGCUCCCUUUGUUUCGAAGAAUCCGAGAGAGGCUUUCUUUAAUUACAGAGACGUCGAUAUCGGAAUCACGACGCCGGGAUAUAACGCGACGUAUGAAGGAGCUAGAGUUUAUGGGGAUAAGUAUUUCAAAGGGAAUUAUUUGAGAUUGGUUAAGGUUAAAGCCCGGUUCGACCGGACUAAUUUUUUCCGGUCUCAGCAGGGGAUUCCGGUUCUUGCUUAG